AUGUCAAUAAAUCAAGACAAGACGUCGCAGAAGCUCGGUGAAACGUCGUUGACGCGCAUAAUCGCGCGUCUGAAGACUGGAGUCAGUCAGCGAGUAUUGCCAGAGGAAGAACGUGCCUUUGAAAGCUAUUUGGACCCCAAAGAAGACUCUAACUCGUUUCACUGGUACUGCUUCCGUGGCUCGACCCUUCUCCGGGACAUAGCGACAUUUUCUCAGCAAAAGCUCGUCGCCACCGCCCAGGACGACGCGCGAAUUCAUAAAUGGAAACAGCAACAUUCAUUUCUAAUGGAUUCAUGUCCUGACUGUGUCAAGGCGAUGGAAGAGAGCUUGUUAGAGUCACAAACUACGUUUCUUUCUGCAUAUAAAAGGGAAAGAGUUUCGGCAUAUCUCGAUGUACACUUUGAAUGGAACGCGCAGCGGAUACUCGCCCACUUGGACAGUCUAAAGUCUUCGACUUUGGCCGCUCUUCCUUUAGCAGUUUCCUACCACCUCAUCUAUAAUCCUUACCUACUAUCGCAUCCCAAGAUUUGGCCUCUCGCUCUCGAACAUCUACCAGAAGCCGCCAUUGUAGGUUGGCCAAAGGGAACGCCCCCCGGUCUAGCGUUACUCCUCGUACAGAGUGAUGGGAGGUCAAGGCAAUGGGCUCGUAUUCAGAUGAGAUCCCUGGAUAGAGCGCCGGAAGACCCCUCCAACACUGACAAUUAUUCGCGGCGCGUUUGCAGCGCAAUAGUCGGGGCACUGGAUGCAAGUACAGGUUUUAAUAUCACUCUUCCCUUGGAAUUUCCCUUCAGAUUACCAUUCAACGGCUUGCCAUCGUCUACACUCUGGGCCACGAUUGGAUCAAUGACCCAUCAGUUUGGAGAAUUAUGUGAAGCAAGGGUACAAUCACACGACUCAAAGAGUGGAAAGGCCAAUCCGGCUCAGACUCUGCUCAGUCUCUCCGUUCGUCACUUGUCACGCACCGAUAAAGCAUUUCUCCCAGUCCUUCGUGCCUUUACUUAUGUUUUGGAGAGUCGCAAAGAAGCCACAUGGGUGAAUCAUCCACCAGAGCUCCCUCAGCUGGCACUCGAUUCAUUGAGGGAUAACCCAUGCCUGUGUGCAUUUGACACGGAGAAGGAGUCGGCCACGGCGAAUCACUUUGGAUGGAUUGAACCAUUCCUCCAAAGUACCAUGGUUUUACCGACGUCAAACGAACUUGUACAUCGAGUGGUUCAACUAUUCGCCGAACAAACUCAGCACGAACGUUUCGGGCACAGAAGACCCCUGAUUUUUAAUCAAUUUAUGAGGGCAAGUGCUUCCUUGACGGGGUUCGUUGCUCUGACGAUUCCCAAGGCUCUAAUGAUGGUAUUUUCCCUGCACCGCGAGGAUACUUCUCACAAAAAGGCAAUAAUGGAAGCAACUGGAGUUCAUCAAGCCGCCAUACUUGCCAUUGCGUUCGCCAAGAAGUUCAAUGAUCCGGCAUGGCUGGUAGCCCGAAAUUCUACGCGCAAGUUUUUAUUCAAGAUACUUGAAUUCGACAUAGCACAGGUCCACUCGGCGUUGUGUAGCAUCUCUAGUGCAGAGAAGACCAAGGAUUUCGAUCCGAUCCUGAUCCCGCCCUCGUAUUCAGUUCUAUGGUCGCAGCUUCGUGCGUCGCUAGUUAGUGACGACCUCGAAGCGUAUGCCUUUUUAUUCAAGGCAACGGCCAGGGCUGCCAACCUUGUUGCCAUCCCCCCGGAACGAGUCGAAAAUGCACUUUCCCAAUCAAAAUCACCCGUUCUUAAUCAGAAUCUCCGCAUAGAACUUCGUCGCGCAGCUGAUUCCAUCGAAAUCAUGCAAACUGGUUUCGGUGGCUGCGUCCUCCGGCUUGUCAGCGUCACUUCUACAGCAACUUUGGCAGCUUUCUGUCAUCGGGACGAUGUAGCAGCUGCUACGGUGGCUCUUCUCCUUUCUCCGGCAGCAGAACUCUCGAAUAGUGCGCAGAGUUUGCUCGCACAGGCAUAUAAUACCGACAGCCGUGUCGAUACACUUCGCCUGUUGCUAGAGUUUCAAUGCGAGAUCACUCUGAACGGCAUGGUUACUCGCCUUCAACAGUUCCUUGAGUCAUCUCGCAUGUACUUGGAACAUGUCCGAGCGGCAAAGGUGGUGGUCGUUCAUUUCACCGACGUUCUCGAGGUCCUCUGCGCUCGAGGCUCGGGACUGCUCUUCAAUCCAAGCUUCACAACGAAGAACACAGCUGGAUUGAAGCACCUUCCCCAACUAUGGAGCGUCAUGUGUGAAGCCGCAGGUGAUAUCAUCAAGCGGACUCCUGACUGGGCGAGGAGAUAUCCCCCGCACGAGAUGACUCCUUGGAUGAGAGAUGCACUCAUAUUUGCAGAUCAACUGCUCGAACAGCGGCACGUAUUUGAGGCCACCAUCAGGGAUCUCGGUUCCAUCGAGGCCUCUACGUCUGGAACCAGCCUUGCAGAGACCGCGGAGCGAAUCCUGAAGCCUCUGGUUUCAUGGCUUCGACUUACAGACGAUGAACUCUUGGGCAGAUCCUUUGAUCUAUUUCUCAAGAUUGUUGACGCCUUUAUUGAGACUCACACGAAGCCUGCAGAGGAACUGAUUUCAUCGAUCGAAUCCAUGCUUCUACGGUGGGAUAGAAAUCUAAAUCAGCCCAAAGUCAAGGAGGGCAAAACCAUCUCGACCAAGCUCUCCUCGGCGCAGAUUGGGACGGGAAUCCGACGCAUGUCUCAGCUACGUGGCGAAGAAGACUCCGACAUAGAAUUUAUCAGUCAGAGCUUCUCACCCCAGAAGCCAAAAUCAUCCAACGCCUCUAGGGGUUCGUUCAGAGAACAGCCGAGCAACAUUCGCACACGCACGCAGAUGAAACUCGACUGGCCAUCGAACUAUCCACAUAUCACUCGGGUACCUCAUACCAGUGGCGUCACUGCUGCGAGAGGCCCUGCAAAGUUUGACCAGACUAUGGUCCAAAAGGCUAUAGAAGAGAGGAGGGCUUCGAAGAAAACCACAACGAAGCUGCCCGACAAUUCCAAGCCGAUGGACCUGGGCCAUAAAGCGAGUUCAUCAGAAUCGUCUGACAGUGAGGGUGAAAGUGGUUUCCAGCAACUCAUAAAGCUUCAAGAACUACGAGAAAAACCGAAGAACCAGGAGAAACGCAGGGCAAUACUGCUGAAUGGGAACAUCAAAACGUCCCGGAUUGAGGUUGGUCAGAGAGUCAAGACAAAGUUUAUACCCGAUUUAACACCCCUUCAUCGCAUCAUUCUCUCAUGGAAUUAUGACCACACUGGACCAGAACCACCUGAUUCGACUUCGUUCGUCUACAAACCAGUUCCAGACAGUUUCUGGGGUCAUCGUCAGUAUCUCGAAAUAUUCCAUCCUCUCCUGCUUUUGGAAUGCUGGAAUUCUCUCGUGAAAUCGAAGGAGGAACAUCUGGAAAAAGUGCAAUGCACAGUGGCUGGGAAGAUGAUCACGGAUAUUUGGGUUGAAGUUGACGUCUCUAUCGAGCGUACAACCCAUUCCGUGUGUAUUCUCGCGGAGACAGAUAUCGUUCUCCUCGAGCACGCCUCGGGAGUUCGCGCACUUGCCAAAGUUCAUAGCUUUCGUGACACUAGGGAGGGGCUGCAAGCCACUCUUCGGUACUCCAAAGAUGAUGCGAAGCUAGAUUUUGAGAGGUCUAUGGCUCUGCAGUCGUCAUGGCUCGUCACUCGAGUGUUUAGUCUAUCAACCGUGCAUAGGGAAUAUGCCGCGCUUCUGGGGCUUAGCUCUUAUGAGUUCGAGGAUUCCGUCCUGCAAGCGCGUCUCGAACCUCAUUCGGCUCCCACUGAAGAAUCCAUAUCCCGGACGAUGGCUGCGCAGAAGCUGAACUAUCCUCAAGCGAGAGCAGUACUAUCGUCGCUCCACACUCGAGGAUUCUCCUUAAUACAAGGACCUCCAGGAACAGGGAAAACGUCGACUAUAUGCGGGCUCGUUGGAGCUUUUUUAUCCUCACGAGACUCUGCGACAACCUCGAUUACGGUGGGCGGUCCUAGUCAGAAGCCAAUACCUCGAAAGGUGCUGGUUUGUGCACCCAGCAAUGCGGCAAUCGACGAGGUUGCUCGUAGAAUACACGAAGGGGUCUGGAAGAGUGACGGUCAAAGGACUAGGCCACAAGUCGUCCGUCUUGGUCCGAUAUCCGCAAUGAGUCUUGGGGUCAGGGAUAUAUCACUGGACCGGAUGGUGGAAAACCGACUAUCUGGCACAGAAUCGACUGGUGAAGAUAGCAGUAUUGAAGUUUCAUCGUUGCGAGGUCGCCUGGCACACAUCAAACAGCUACGCCACGAGAAACAGAUGGAACUAUCAGCCGUCAAUGAUAACACAGCGCGUGCCUUAGAGCUCGACCGGGAGCUUCGAGAACUCACUUCAAACAGAACACAACUCACCAGUCAGCUAAACGCUGCGUUGGAUAAGGGGAAGGAGAGAAUGCGUGCUGCCGACUCUGCGAAGCGCAAGGCCCGUGUCGAGAUUCUCAGCGAGGCAGACGUUGUCUGCUGCACACUCUCUGGAUCAGGGCACGAAUUCAUCGACCGUACAGAGUUUGACCUCGUCAUAAUCGACGAAGCUGCUCAAGCAAUCGAAUUGAGUUCCCUUAUUCCCCUUAAAUUUGCAUCUCAACGAUGCAUUUUGGUUGGAGAUCCUCAGCAAUUGCCUCCGACUGUCCUCUCGCAAACCGCCACCAAGAUGGGAUAUAAUCGAAGUUUGUUUGUUCGAUUGCAAGAUUCCAUGCCAGAUCGAAUCCAUCUACUUAGCAUUCAGUAUCGAAUGCAUCCUGAGAUUUCCAGACUUCCCAGCGUUUUAUUCUAUGAGAGGAAACUGCAGGAUGGUCCCGAUAUGGCCGUCAAAACACGACGACCUUGGCACGACGAUUCAAAUUUGGGAGUAUACCGUCUUUUCGACAUUCGCGGAAAUGAAGAACAAGCCGACCUAGGUUAUUCUCAAUACAAUCUUGCGGAAGUCAAAGCCGCACUCGAGCUCUACAAACGACUCUCCGCAACUCUACGCACUCCAACAGAAGUCACCAUCGGUAUCAUCUCUAUGUAUCGAGCCCAGUUAACGAAGCUUCGAGAUGCAUUCAUUGCUCGAUAUGGCCGAGAAAUUCUAUCGAAAGUCGACUUUAAUACGGUCGAUGGUUUUCAAGGUCAAGAAAAGGACGUGAUCAUUCUCUCCUGUGUUCGAGCUGGUCCCAAUGUUUCUUCGAUUGGAUUUCUCUCCGAUGCGCGGCGAAUCAACGUGGCAAUCACCAGAUGCAGGUCUUCUCUCUUUAUUCUAGGCGAUGCGGCGACAUUACGAAGGAGCGAUCAGCUGUGGAGCAAGAUCAUUGAAGACGCCAAUUCCCGUGGGUCGUUACUACAGGUUCAUGAUGGCGACCCUCCUGGCUCGCGCUUUUCCACCGACGGAUAUGAUCGGCAGAAAUACCCAACCACAUCUUCCCGAUUAUCUCAAAGGGAACCGAACGCACCUCAGAAUACGCUAGGGAACAAAAGCGCAUCAACGACCGACACCACCUCAGCGGCACUCCCGGCCACAGAACUACCCACGAAAAGGCGUCUAUCAUCCCCAGAAGACACUUCACGGGAACCACCAGCCCUUCGUCGAGGGUCCACCGCAGGUGGUGUGACCGACUCGUCAGCGGAUAUUCGAAGUAGAAACCCAUUACCCUCUCAACCAAAAGCACCGAGAGCAAGAGCUUCCAAUCUCUUUAUCCCGAAGAAACCUACUAAAUUACCCAAAUAG